GUGGCUCAGUGGUGCGCGGAUUGAGGAGGGGUGAGGGAGGGACUUCAAAUAAACGUUGAAUGAGAGUUGUGUGGGAACUAGUAAAAUACCUAGCACUUAUCUUACGAGCAGACGUGUUUUCCAGACGUACUCACUUAUGAAAUAUUAAAUAAAUGCCGGCCCUAUCACGUCCGGCAUACAGUUCAGUGAGAUUAAUGAACAAGAUGAUCACGUAUCUCUUAUUAAUUGCUAUAAGUGCUGCAUUCGUAAACAGUGAUGGUGCAAUCAAGUUUUAUCAAGAAAAGUUAUUUCAUGAACCCCAAGAUCUCACAGAUCAGCAAAUCAAAGACAUAGCAAAGUUAUCAGACAUGGAUCACUUUAGAUCUAUUCUAAAUGAAAUUCUUAUACCAAGAGUGGUGGGAACUGCGAAUCACGAGAAAGUGGGCAACUUCAUAGUGAAGCAGAUGAGAGACCUGGGAUGGGAUGUCACGGAAAAUAUAUUUCCAGAUCAGACUCCUGUGUUUGGAACACUCAACUUCAGAAAUAUCAUAGCAAAAUUGAAUCCGUCAGCGGAUAGAUACCUAGUUCUUGCAUGCCACUAUGAUAGUAAAUAUACAAGGGAACAUGUUUUUGUAGGUGCAACUGACUCAGCAGUGCCCUGCGCAAUGAUGAUAAACUUAGCCAAGGUGAUGGCUACACAGCUGAACAAAGUGAAAGAAUCCAAACUCAGUGUGAUGUUCAUAUUCUUCGAUGGAGAGGAGGCCUUCCGGCAGUGGGGGCCCACUGACUCAAUAUAUGGGGCGAGGCAUUUGGCGCAAAAAUGGGAGCGUACACCAUAUAGAGAUGGCGCCAACAAUCUGCAGAGGAUGAUACAGGAGCAUAAGUCCUUGGACCGUAACUAA